AUGAACUUUAGCCACCCUUUCCAUUUUCAUCCCAAGUUCUCCCACCCAAUACACAAGCCGUUUUCACCGCCCGUUCCUGUUUAUGUGAAACCGCUUCCACCUCCAGUCCCGAUAUACAAAGAGCCACUUCCUCCACAUGUGCCAUUUUUUGAACCAAAACCGCCACUAUUCGAGCCUCAUGUGCCAAUUUAUAAACCACCAGUGGUCAAGCCUCCUCCAAUAUAUGUAAAGUCACUUCCUCCGCCUGUGCCAAUUUACAAUCGAAAACCACCAGUGUUCGAGCAUCCUCCUAUAUUUGGAAAGCCAUUUCCUCAUCAUGUGCCAAUUUACAAACCAAAACCACCAAUGUUCGACCAUCCUCCGAUAUAUGAAAAGUCACUUUUUAUGCAUGUGCCAAUUUACAAGUCAAAACCACCAGUGUUCGAGCAUCCUUCUAUAUAUGAAAAGCCACUUCCUCCACCUGUGCCCACUUACAAUCCAAAACCACCAAUGUUUGUGUUCAAGCAUCCUCUGAUAUUCACAAAGCCACUUCCUUCGCCUGUCCCAAUCUACAAGCCAAAACCACCACUGGUUAAGCCUCCUUCCAUUUCGAAGGUCUUCCCACCAAUCUUCAAACAUCUCCAACCAUUCCCAAAGAUCCACAAGAUACCUUGUCCACUGUUUCCUAAGCUACCUCCCAUCCCCAAGGUUCCACCAAUGCACUUUCCCCAUCCCAUGUUUGGAGCCAUGCCUUCCUUACCUCCUCAUUUUCCUCAUCCUUAG